AUGGUCGACCGCAACUCCUUGCCAGAGGGUCUCAGAAACCCGAACAAUUGCCAGAAAGAACCCAUUCCCGGGUAUAAUUUCGCCUAUGGCUACCAACCUAGCUUAGCUGCAGGAAUAAUAUUCUGUCUUCUCUUUGGAAUUGCUUUCUUCGGACAUACUCUGCAGGCGAUACGGCUUAGGCGAGCGACAUCAGUAUUGCUGAGUAUUGGUGCCCUGACUGAACUCAUCGGAUGGAUUGGACGCACCUGGUCUGCCGAAUGCCCGUAUAACCAGAGGGCCUACAUGAUACAAAUCACCACGCUAAUCAUUGGGCCGGUGUUCUUCACGGGCGCUUUAUACGUAUUGUUGGGAAUGUUCAUCAACGUAUUGGGACGACAUUACAGCAUAAUGUCCGCGAAGAUGUACACAUACAUUUUCAUGACAUGUGAUGUCAUAUCACUCAUCAUCCAGGCCGCUGGUGGUGCGAUGGCUUCGAUGGCAGCUGGCUCCCAGAAAGAUCCGAAACUUGGCACCAAUAUCAUGGUGGCGGGUGUCAUGUUCCAACUGGUGGCUAUGACCAUCUUCACCAUAUUUGCCAUCGACUUCACUCGAAGAUCCUCCAAGUUGGGCAUGCCUCGGGAGUAUAAUAAGAUACUCAUGGCCUUGUUUAUCUCUCUGGCUGCCAUAUACGUGCGCAGCAUUUUCCGAGCGAUAGAGCUUGUAGAGGGAUGGACAGGGUAUCUGAUGAUGCAUGAAGCCUACUUUAUUGCUCUUGACGCCGCGCUCAUGGUCAUAGCUGUGGCCAUAUUCUUGCCAUUUGAUCCGGCGCGGACAAUACCGAGAGUUCAAUAUCGUGUGGUCAAGCAAGAGCGCAAUGAGUCGACUGAGUAUAGCGCGUUCGCUUGA